AAAACGAGUCACCCGGGUGUGCGCCUCCUCCCCUCACCGCGAGCUCAGACACCUCAAAUCCACGCACGCCGCCGGCGAAAAUGGCCGUCUACAUCCGCCUCGACGACGCCGUCCGCGCGCGGCUCCGCGGGGACGCCGGGUCGUCGGCGAGCAGCGGCAGCGAGCACGAGGCCUCCGCGUGCCUGUCCGGGCUCGUGCAGGCGUUUCUUGAGACGGAGGGCGCCGCGGCGGGAGAGGACGGCGCCGGGCCGGCGAGCAAGGGCGGCGAAGGGUAUGACUCCGAUGAUGGCGACGGUCCGGAACGCGCGGCGGCGGCGGCGGAGUCCGUGAGGGAGCUGCUCGACCCGCCGGUGGAGGAGGACCCGUUCCGGGUCAGGCUGGCUGCUGCCGUGGCGGCCGCGAUGGAGGCGGAGCCGGCGCUGAGGAGGUACGGGGCGGCGUUCCGGCGCGCCGUGGCGCGGCGGCUGCGGGCCGCCGGGUACGACGCCGGCGUGUGCAAGUCGCGGUGGGAGGCUUCCGGUGGCAUCACGGCCGGGACGUACGAGUACGUCGACGUGGUCGCGCCGGCGGCGAGGGGGCAGAAGAGCAGGUACAUUGUGGACGCGGACUUCCGGGCGGGGCUGGAGGUCGCGCGCGCGACGGCGGAGUACGCCGUCGUCGUGGCCGCCGUGCCGGCGUCGGUGGUGGUGGCGCGGGAGGAGGCCGUCGGGCGCGCCGUGCGCGUCGCGGCCGACGCGGCGCGGCGGUCGCUCCGUUCGCACGGCCUGCACGUCCCGCCGUGGCGCAAGACCCGGUACAUGCUCGCCAAGUGGCUCGGCCCCUACAAGAGGUCGACGGCCACCUCGCCGUCGGCCGCCGGAGCAAUGCCGAUGCCCGCCGCCGCCGCCGGGAUGGACGUCAAGUGCCGCGCCGUCGGGUUCUUCACGCCGCCGCCGGCCGCUCCGGCGGCGAGGAUCAAGUAGACUCGGCGAUGAAACAUCAUAAUCAAGGCAUUAAUUAACGGUGUUUGUAGAUGUAGAGAUUAAUUAGAGCGAGAGUUCCUUUCAACUUUGAGUUGCUCUCGAAUUUGUUUUGUACAGAUAUUUUUGGUCGAGAUUAAUUAUUAAGGAGCAAAUUGUUCUUGCAAAAGGUGAUGAUAUAUUAUUGUGUAGCAUA